UUUCCACACCGGAGCCCAGAGGCCACUGACUAUAAAUGGAUUACAUUGUUUUGACGUCGAGGAAGAAGACGGAGAGAACAUGAUAUUGGCACUAAUAUUCCUAACAGUUUCGCUUAAUGCUGUUUAUGGCAGAGAUGGCAUCUUCUGUUACCACUGUCUGCAAAAAGAGAUCAAAGGUUGCACCAUUGUGAAAGGGUGCACAACUUGCAUAUACACGGAAGGUGGGGUGUUUAGCAGAGUGUGUGGCGAUGAGAACUGCGAGGGGUACGAUAUGAACGGUGAGAAGCGGGUAUGCUGCAACACAGACAAGUGCAACGAGAGCCUGGAGUCGGCGCAAGCAUCUGAAAUUGGAAACUCAGGCAAGGAUAAGGAUGAACCUGAGCAAAGAGAGCCAGAAGAAAGCCAUGAAGAAGAUAAGGGAGAGAAACCCGAAGUGGACCAAAAUGAUGAGAUGGAACAAAAGGUAGAAGUGGCAUCGGAAGACACAGAACAAAAACACACGGAUUUCAUUGAAAUAUCGCCAGCAUAAAAACGAUGUCAAG